CUGCGCUACUGAGCCCGGGAGGCGGCCGCUGCUGAGCGCCGCUCGCCGCCCGGGCCCCCAGCCCGCCCAGGCCCCGGCCCAUAUGGCCCCCGCGGCCUCGCGGCCCCCGGCGCUCUAGGGCUGCCGCCACCGCUCGCCGCCCCGAGGCGCCCGGGGCCCGUCGCCACCCGCCUGCCUGCCUGCCCGCCCGCGCGCCCGCCGGCCUCCGGGAGUCCGGUAGCCGUCCGGCGGGGCGGGGCGGGGCGGCCGCCACCAUGGAGCCCCAGCGCCGGGAGCUGCUCGCCCAGUGUCAGCAGAGCCUGGCCCAGGCCAUGACAGAGGUGGAGGCGGUGCUCGGGCUGCUCGAGGCCGCAGGAGCGCUGAGCCCCGGCGAGCGGCGGCAGCUGGACGAGGAGGCGGGAGGCGCCAAGGCGGAGCUGCUGCUCAAGCUGCUCCUGGCCAAGGAGCGGGACCACUUCCAGGACCUGCGGGCGGCGCUGGAGAAGACGCAGCCUCACCUGCUGUCCAUUCUCUACCUGAACGGCGUCGUCGGGCCGCCGCAGCCCGCCGAGGGCGCCGGCUCCACCUACAGUGUCUUGUCCAUCAUGCCCUCAGACUCAGAGAGCAGCAGCUCCCUCAGCAGUGUGGGCACCACCGGGAAGGCGCCGUCCCCGCCGCCGCUGCUCACUGACCGGCAAGUGAAUGAGAAGGUCGAGAACCUCUCCAUCCAGCUGCGGCUGAUGACCCGGGAGAGGAACGAGCUGCGGAAACGCCUGGCCUUCGCCACCCACGGGACCACCUUCGACAAGAGGCCCUACCACAGGCUGAAUCCGGACUACGAGAGGCUGAAGAUCCAGUGUGUGCGGGCCAUGUCAGACCUGCAGAGCCUGCAGAACCAGCACACCAACGCCCUGAAGAGGUGCGAGGAGGUGGCCAAGGAGACCGACUUCUACCACACGCUCCACAGCCGGCUCCUGAGCGACCAGACCCAGCUGAAGGAUGAUGUGGACAUGCUGAGGCGGGAGAACGGACAGCUGCUACGGGAACGUAACCUGCUCCAGCAGUCGUGGGAGGACAUGAAGCGGCUCCACGAGGAGGACCAGAAGGAGAUCGGUGACCUCCGGGCCCAGCAGCAGCAGGUGUUGAAGCACAACGGGUCAUCAGAAAUUCUCAACAAGCUGUACGACACGGCCAUGGACAAGCUGGAGGUGGUUAAGAAGGACUAUGAUGCCCUGCGGAAGAGGUACAGUGAGAAAGUCGCCAUCCACAACUCGGACCUGAGCCGCCUGGAGCAGCUAGAGGAGGAGAACCAGCGCCUUCUGAAGCAGACGGAGAUGCUGACCCAGCAGAGGGACACGGCCAUCCAGCUGCAGCACCAGUGUGCCCUCUCCCUGAGGAGGUUUGAGGCCAUCCACCACGAGCUGAACAAGGCCACGGCCCAGAACAAGGACCUGCAGUGGGAGAUGGAGCUGCUGCAGUCGGAGCUGACGGAGUUGAGGACCACACAGGCGAAAACCGCCAAGGAGUCAGAGAAGUACAAGGAGGAGCGGGAUGCGGUGUACAGCGAGUACAAGCUCAUCAUGAGCGAGCGCGACCAGGUCAUCUCCGAGCUGGACAAGCUGCAGACCGAGGUGGAGCUGGCCGAGUCCAAGCUCAAGAGCAGCACGUCUGAGAAGAAGGCGGCCAGCGAGGAGAUGGAGGCGCUGCGACAGAUCAAAGACACGGUGACAAUGGACGCGGGGAGAGCCAAUAAGGAGGCUGAAAUCCUUCGAAAGCAGUGCAAGGCUCUGUGCCAGGAGCUGAAGGAAGCCCUCCAGGAGGCGGAUGUGGCCAAGUGCCGGCGGGACUGGGCCUUCCAGGAGCGGGACAAGAUCGUGGCGGAGCGGGACAGCAUCCGGACGCUCUGUGACAACCUGAGGCGGGAGCGGGACCGGGCGGUGAGCGAACUGGCUGAGGCCCUGCGCAGCCUGGAUGACACUCGCAAACAGAAGAACGAUGUCAGCCGGGAGCUGAAGGAGCUCAAGGAACAGAUGGAAUCCCAGUUGGAAAAGGAGGCCCGGUUCCGGCAGCUGAUGGCCCACAGCUCCCACGACUCGGCCAUUGACACAGACUCCAUGGAGUGGGAAACAGAAGUCGUGGAGUUUGAAAGGGAGACGGAGGAUAUUGACUUGAAGGCACUUGGUUUCGAUAUGGCAGAGGGUGUGAAUGAGCCUUGUUUGCCGGGGGACUGUGGCAUAUUUGUCACUAAAGUGGACAAAGGAAGCAUUGCUGAUGGCCGCUUACGGGUCAAUGACUGGCUGCUGAGAAUCAAUGACGUGGACCUCAUCAAUAAGGACAAGAAGCAGGCCAUCAAGGCGCUCCUCAACGGGGAGGGGGCCAUCAACAUGGUCGUGCGUCGGAGGAAGUCCCUGGGCGGGAAGGUGGUCACACCGCUGCACAUCAACCUGAGUGGGCAUAAAGACAGCGGCAUCAGCCUGGAGAAUGGAGUGUAUGCUGCCGCUGUGGUGCCCGGAAGCCCGGCUGCCAAAGAGGGGUCCCUCGCCGUGGGAGACAGGAUUGUGGCUAUCAAUGGCAUUGCACUGGACAACAAGUCUCUGAAUGAGUGUGAAUCUCUGCUGCGGAGCUGCCAGGACUCCCUGACCCUCUCCCUCCUGAAGGUGUUCCCUCAGAGCGCCUCGUGGAGCGGCCAGAACAUCUUUGAAAACAUCAAGGACUCUGAUAAGAUGCUGAGCUUCCGAGCCCACGGCCCGGAGGUCCAGGCUCAGAAUAAACGGAAUUUGAUGCAGCACAACAACUCCACGCAGACGGACAUCUUCUACGCCGACAGGCUGGAGGACAGGAAGGAGUCGGGCCCCCCAGGAGGCAGCAGCUCCUUCCUGCACAAGCCGUUCCCCGGGGGAACCUUCCCCGUCUCCCCGCAGGCCUGUCCCAGCGCCUCCGAGCGUAGCCUGAGCUCCUUCCGCUCGGACGCCUCGGGGGAGCGUGGCUCUGGGCCGGUGGACGUGCGUAGCCGGCGGCCACUGCUGCCCUUCGAGACUGAGGUGGGCCCCUGUGGGGAGGCGGAGGCCCGCGUGGACAAGGCAGAGCCCGAGAAUGCCAACAGCGGCGGGACCUGGCCCAAGGCUGUGCUCAGCUCCACGGCAGGACCCGAGAAGCUCUCCGUUUACAAGAAGCCAAAGCAAAGAAAGUCUAUCUUUGACCCAAACACUUUCAAACGCCCCCAGACGCCCCCCAAAAUAGACUACCUGCUCCCAGGCCCUGGGCCUGCUUACUCCCCGCUGCCCUCCAAGAGGGUGGGACCUCUGACGCCCCCAAAACCUCCCAGGAGGGGUGACUCCAUUAAGUUCCAGCACAAACUGGAAACCAGUUCUGAGUCAGAGGCCACUCUAGUGGGCAGCUCCCCAUCCACCAGCCCCCCGAGCGCCCUGCCCCCCGACAUGGACCCCGGGGAGCCCAUGCACGCCUCGCCCCCUCGCAAGGCCAGGGUCCGCAUUGCUUCCAGCUACUACCCUGAAGGGGACGGGGACUCCUCCUACCUGCCGGCCAAGAAGUCCUGUGACGAGGACCUCACCUCCCAGAAGAUGGACGAGCUGGGGCAGAAGCGCCGCCGGCCAAAGUCUGCUCCCAGCUUUCGGCCCAAGCUCGCUCCAGUAGUGAUCUCUGCUCAGUUCCUGGAGGAGCAGAAGAGCGUCCCAGCCAGUGGAGAACUCUCCCCAGAUCUCCAGGAGUGGUCCCCUUACUCGCCAGGGCAUUCCAGCCGGCACAGCAACCCCCCCUUCUACCCCAGCAGGGCGUCUGUGGGUGGAGCAGGGCCAGAAGCUUGCAUAGAUCUGGGGCUGGCUGGAUGCUCUGGGGCCACUGUCUCACCCUGCCCAUUUGCAGGCACUGUUCCCCGCAGUAUGACCCCAAGCACCACUGUGAGCUCCGUCCUGAGGAACCCCAUCUACACCGUGCGCAGCCACAGGGUCGGCCCUUGCAGCUCUCCGCCUGUCCCCAGAGAGGCUGGUCCCCAGGGUUUGCAUCCCAGUGUCCAGCACCAGGGCCGCCUGAGCCUGGAUCUGAGCCCCAGGGCCUGCAGCGACUGCUCUGAGAUGAGAACCUCCCACGGGUGCAACUCCCUGCCCUCCAGCGCCCGCCUCGGGUCUUCGAGCAACUUGCAGUUUAAGGCAGAACGCAUUAAAAUCCCAUCAACGCCAAGAUAUCCGCGGUCUGUCGUGGGCUCUGACAGAGGCUCGCUGUCCCACUCGGAGUGCAGCACUCCCCCGCAGUCUCCUCUGAAUGUCGAAGGCCUGUCCUCCUGUAGCCCAUCCCAGACCUCAGCCGCCACAUUGCCCAGGAUUGCCGUCAACCCCGCGGCCCUCGGGGAGCGCAGAAAGGACAGGCCCUACGUGGAGGAGCCACGCCAUGUGAAGCUGCAGAAGGGCUCGGAGCCGCUGGGCAUCUCCAUCGUGAGCGGGGAGAAGGGCGGUGUCUACGUCUCCAAGGUGACCGGGGGGAGCAUCGCUCACCAGGCCGGCCUUGAGUACGGGGACCAGUUACUUGAGUUCAAUGGCAUAAACCUGCGGAGCGCCACGGAGCAGCAGGCCCGGCUCAUCAUCGGGCAGCAGUGUGACACCAUCACCAUCCUGGCCCAGUACAACCCACACAUGCACCAGCUGAGCGGCCACUCCCGGUCCAGCUCCCACCUGGACCCUGUCAGUCCCCACUCCACUCUCCAGGGCAGCGGUGCCACCACCCCGGAGCAUCCCUCUGUCAUUGACCCACUGAUGGAGCAGGACGAGGGCCCUGGCACCCCCCCGGCCAAGCAGAGCACCCCCAGCUCCAGGAUGGUGGGAGAUGCCACCAAGAAGACCCCAGAACCACGAGUUGUCUUCAUCAAGAAGUCCCAGCUGGAGCUUGGCGUGCACUUAUGUGGUGGGAACCUGCAUGGGGUGUUCGUGGCCGAGGUGGAGGACGACAGUCCUGCCAAGGGCCCCGACGGCCUCGUGCCUGGGGACCUCGUCCUUGAGUACGGGGGUCUGGAUGUGCGCAACAAGACAGUGGAGGAGGUCUAUGUGGAGAUGCUGAAGCCCAAGGACAGCGUCCGCCUGAAGGUGCAGUACCGCCCUGAGGAGUUCACCAAGGUCAAGGGCCUGCCCGGCGACAGCUUCUAUAUCAGAGGGUGGGGCCAUGAGCAUUAUUACUUGGGCCCCAAAUUGGAAGCUCACGACGAGAUGCUUGUGACUUAG